CUGUGCGACCCUCGCUGCCGUCGGCACCAUCGUGGCUGAAGCCGCUCCGGGAGCCAGAACUGCCCCCGUGCCCUGUCCCCGGCCCCACAUGGACCCCCUGGAGGAGGAUGGGGCUGAGGCACCCCUGGAGGGGAGCCCCGAGGCUGAGGGGCCCGAGGGGCCGCAGCGGCCGGCGGGGCAGUGGUCGGGGGCCGAGGUGGGCUCCUGGCUGGCGGCGCACGGCGGGGCCGCGGGGCUGGCGGAGCUGGCUCGGGAGCACGCCCUGACGGGCCGGGCGCUGCUGCGCCUGACCGAGGGGUCCCUGCGGCGCAUGGGGGUCUCCCCGCGGAGCCGGCGCCGGGAGCUGCUGCGGGAGCUGCUGCGGCUGCGGCUGCAGCAGGAGAUGCGGGAGCUGCGGGGCAUCGCUGGCGAGUGAAGAUGAUGUCCCUGUGGAUGUCCCAGAGCCUGUGGGAGCAGAGGAGAUGGCACGUCAGGACAAAGCAGCUGGGACUGAGCAACACAUGCAGGAACAGUGCUGGAGGAGCCCCGAGAUCACUGUGACCCCACCAAAAAAAAAUUCCAGAGCCUGCCCAGUGCAGGAGUUGAUAAGGACAGCAGAACCUUAGAUGCAAAAUUUGAUCCACGAGGCUGGGCAGCGACCCCAGGCAGGCAGAAAGCAGCCCUAGAACUGAUCUUGUGUGAAAUCAGGGGUCACAAACACAAAAGGCACUCACUGGAGUGCUGAAAAACUUAUGAAACGCUUGCAAACGUCUCCAGUUGGGUCUAAAAUGGCUCAGACUGCAAUCGAGAAUCUAGUUUGUUAAAGAAACAGCCCUAACAAGGCUAACAAAAUAAUGCUGGGAGCCAUAAAACCUGGAAGUGUUCUGGGUGAACACUGGCAGGUCGAUUUUACUGAAUUGCCCAGACAAGGGGGGCAUAAAUCCCUCCUAGUUCUGGUAGAUACCAUUUCUGGGUGACCAGAAGCCUUCCCUUGUCACACCAGCCAGGUUGGGGAAGUGACAAAAGUGCUGCCAAAUCAAAUAAACACAAAAAACCCACAAAUAUACAAUAAAUAUAACACAAUAAAUAUAAUAUAAUACAAUAAACCGAACAUACAAUAAAUCAAAAAUUGGGGGUACCUUUGGGAGUGCCAUCAGACAGAGAUUCCCACAUUACUGCAGAUGUGAUAAAAAAGCUUAGGAAAACCUUGGGAAGAGCUUGGGAUCUUCACCCCCCUUACAGGGCCCAGGCUAGUGGCAAAGUGGAGUGAGCGAAUUACACAAUCGAACUGCAAUCGGGUAAAAUAUGUCAGGGGACCUCCUUGACCCGGGUCCAAGGCUUCAGGUCCGUCACACCUGAAUUCAAAGCAGAACUCAGCCGUGGGGCACCAGCAAAAUCAGCCCCUGUGAGCUGCUCUGUGGUCGACCCUACCAAGAGCCGCACUCCGAUUAAAAGGAGGGGUCGAUUUGAAUAAUUACCUCAUUUCUCUUAGUAAAACCUUACAGGAUUUGCAGUUGGACACACCAGGGCAUGAGUUCCAACCAGGAGAUUGGGUCUGUUUGAAUGACUGGGGAACUGCUCCACUCCAGCCAAAGCGGAAGCACUUUCCAAGCGCUGCUGGCAACUUUUACUGCGUUGAAACUGGACACGGUAAAAUUUUGGAUACCUUGCUCCAGAAUUAAAAGGGCCUAAGCCCCUUGGGAAGAAGUCAGGGGCUUGUCACAAGCUGUUUUGCAAAACCAAAUGGCACUAGAGCUUGUUUUAGCAUCACAAGGAGGAAUACGCAGUCAUCACCUCCACCUGCUGUGCAUUCACUGACAAAAAGACACCGUAGAGUGUCUACAGAUGUCCAGGAAAUUUGGAAACAAACCUGUCGCUACUGGACACGAAAUGAGCACACAGAAGCUUGGUAAGUUCAAAAGAGAAAAAAGAGAAAAAAGAGCAAGUUUUAUUCAAACAUCUGGUAUUUAUAGAAUUCCAGAGGUGACCAUGGAUUGGAGGAGGAUGGAAUUACCACCUCUCCAACCACACUGGUCUAAAGAGCAAUUAAUCAUUUCUCUCCAAUCACAGAGAAAUAUGUAAACUAUUCUAUUUAUACAUGAAACUAUUCUAUUUAUACAUGGAAUUUUGUGGGAACUCUGACUCUCAAAUGCGUAAACAUUAUCAGAAGGCUGAAGAAGUCUUAUGAGAACUUUAAAACUUUCGGAAGAGCUAUAAAAGAAAACUUAACACUUUUAAAAAUCAGGGCAACAGAAACCCAAAUUUUACAAUGCACAGCUCAAGACGCCACCUCCUGGGGAUUUGAAGAAGCCGGGACCAAACUUCCUUCAUGGGUACCCAGCUGGACUCGGUGAAACAUCUGUUUAUAAUCACCACCUCAAUAAUUGCUGUAUGGUUUUGGCCAGCAUCAGGAUUCCGGGUUGCAGCUGUAUUAAUGCCUUGCACUCUGAAAGGAAAUAUAAAUCUCAAGAGAUUGGUUCCCACAAGGAAUCAAGAAGAGGAGGGAUUUGAUAAGGACAGGAGAACAGCACAGCCUUGGAGAAACAGGUAAAGGGCGUAACUCAGGCAAACGGAAGUCGUGAAAAAUGGGAGCAGGAUGCCAGCUGUGAAAAAUGCGUAUUUUAUGACUGGCUUUUUGCAAAUAUUAAAAUGAAUAUUACAUGUGUUAUGUUAGAAAGUUAUGCUGUGUUAAUUCUCUUAAGUAAGUGUGUAAAAUAUAGCUUUAGGUUAUAACACAAUGUUAAAAUAGAAACUCUGCGAUGUAAGACACUUUUUAACUAGCUCAAGAAACAGAUGAGAUAAUCAAGAAAUUCUUCGCCCAGAGAUAACAGCAAAAGGGCACUUAAAGAGUUACAGCCUCCUUAUUGGAAAAGACAAACAUCCUCCCACCUCCUCUCCAUCUUUAUGGAACCACCAGGAUUAAGGGGAAGAAGUUGACAAAAAACAGAAAAAUUCUUAAUUUGCAAGGAAUUUAUGCAUCAUGUAUGAGAUGUAUGAAUAUGCAACAGGCUGUUGCUUUUAAGUGUUAUUCCUUUGUUCACAAGGUGUGUUUUUAGCAGCUCAGUGCCCAAAAACAUCCGGAUGUCUGUAAUUCUUUGCUUUUUAUUGUCUUGUAAUUGUCCUAAUCCUCAUUGUCCAAAUUUUUAUUAGUAUUUUUAUUACUAUUUUACUAUUUAUAAAAAUUUACAAAUUUUUAUGACUAUUUUAUU